UGCAUAAAGCAUUAUUUACUCGUCACAUUCAAAAGUAUCACAAAGCUUCGGCCAUGAUUUAGAGAGAUCACCACAGCAGACCUUUGUCUACAAAAAUGAUGUACAUGUACGUCCUAUUUCUUGUGAUUACAAUGAUCGGCUACAGUAAGGGACAACCUCUUUACAAGGAGACUACAAACGACAGAUUGUGUGAUACCACACGUGACUCCAAUGAAGAUUUGUUUAAAAGACUCUUAUAUCUUGAAAAUCAAGUAAACGGGUUAAAAAAGGAGGUCAAGUAUCUUAAAGGAUGGAUAUCUUUCAUGGACUCAGAUUACUUGUUAGGGCGCGAAGAGGUAACAUGGAAUUACGCUCAGAUAAUUUGUAUGAAAGAGGAUGCUAAAUUAGUUGAAAUUGAAUCAAAUGCAGAAGAUUUGUUUGUCCGUGGUCUAGCAAUGAAGUUAACAAAGACUGUUUGGUUAGGAGGGACUGACGUUGGGACAGAAGGACGAUGGGUGUGGGACUCUGACAGAUCACCUUUUACAUACAGCGCAUGGAACAGAGCUACAGGACAGCCAAAUAACUACAAUAAUCAGGAUUGUCUCAGUCUUUAUCGUCCGUACAACCUAACGUGGUGUGAUGAGAAAUGCGAAACAAGAUACCAAUACAUCUGCGAAAAAGAGAUUACUCAAGAUUCAUAGAAAGCAAUCAUCUUCUGUUCGACAAAGAUUGUGUUCAUCAUGUUUUGUAUGAUUUGAUUUGGUGUUUUUUUUUUCACAGGUGUUUUUGUCGUCUUGCUUUAAACAUUCAUAUGUUAAUUAAAAGUGACGGUCUUA